AUGUACCGGGGCAGGGGCAGGGGCAGGGGCGCGCGGGCGGCCGAGCCCGGCUCCGGCUCCGGCUCCCCGGGGCUCAGCACCGCGCAGCUCCGCGGCCUGCUGCAGGACGAGCCGCAGCUGGAGCGCAUCGUGCGGCUGAGCAUGAGCAGGAAGUUUCAGAGCUUGCAGCUGGAGCGGGAAACGUGCCUGGCUUCGAACCAUGCCCUGGCCAAGGAGAACCUGUCCCUGCAGCCGCGGCUGGAGAACGGCAAAGCCUCACUGGCCAUAAAGUACCAGGAGCUGCGGGAGACAAGGGAGGCGUGUCAGGAAAAGCAGCAGCGAGUGGAGACCUGCCUGAGGAAGUGGAGCCCACAGAGCGCCCUGAGCCAACUCCAAGCUGCUCUGGAUGCAGCCGAGGCAGAGUCGGAGGCGCAGGUGGAGAUGUUCCUGGGCCGGGAACUGCCCCUGGAUGCCUUCCUGGAAUUCUUUCAGGAGAGCCGGAUGCUGUCCCAUCUCCGCAGGACACAGGUGGAGAAACUGGAGCAGCUCCUGCGGAAGGAGAAGCAGCCCAGGUGGCUCCCCACAUGCUGUGAGGGGCAGCGAGCUGCCCCACUGAGCCCAGCCCGAGCCCAAGUUGCCCUGGUGCAAAACGCAGCCUCUCCCAAGAAGCUCCAGCUCCGCUAUGGCUACACACCUGCCCUGCUGGUCCCUUCUGACGCCAUCAUACCAUUCCCUGUGCCCGUUGCCCCUCCUAGCCGAAACCUGCCUCCCCUGGCCUCUUGCUCAGGCCAGUCACCACCACCGUGCUCCAGCAUCCCAUGCCUGGGCUCCCCUCUGCAUCUGAUUGGACACAUCCCCCUGCUCACCCCACGGCCUUUCCGUGUGCAGCAUGCACACCUGUCUUACCCACAGAAGCAGGAGCCGCCCCACCGGUAGCUGUUGGGGCGAUGAGAUGUCCUCAGACCCAAGUCCUUGACACAGCAGCCGGCCAGUGCACGUGAGCUUUCUGUGCUAGAGAAUGGAUGUGAACCAAACACAGCCCCUGCCAGCUGGGCGGCUCGAAGGCGUUGUUCACUCCCACCCUGCGUUCUCAGGAAGCCUCCAGGGGCGCUGCAGUCUGCGGGGGUGAUGUAAUGAACUGCUCCAGGAUGCAGCUCCCGGGGGUCUGUGUGGCUGCCACGUGGCCAGAGGGGGAGCGUCAGAGGCAGCCUGGAAGGGGCUAAUUAUAAUGGGCAGAUGUUGCACAGGGGCAGCAGGCUAGGGGGAAUUCAAGCUGGGGUGAGGGGGGGUUGUCAGAUGGCAGUGUCAAUGGGCGCGCAGCAGGCCUGCGUGGGUCGGGGGAUAUACAGCGUGGGGGGCUGGCUGGCAGAUCACAGGCACAGGGCAGGAUCCCAGCUGCCCUGCAUGGGUUGGAGGUGAAUGCGGAUGAGAGGAGGCUACGGUGACAGAGAGGAGGGCCACAGCAGGUCCAUGGGGCACAGAGGGCGAUGCAGACCCAGGCAGGGGGCUGAGGUUACAGUGAGCAGGAUAAGAACAGGGCCAUGUGGGGUGCAGAUGACUCAUGGAAGGAGGGCUCCUGCUGUCUCCCUCCCCUUCCUGCUCUGCCAGCCUGUCCGUGUGAGAGAGAGCAAGAGAGGGGCAUGAUAGCCAGGGGCAGGGGUCUGGGAGGCGUGAGGGGCAGGGCUGAGGACGACAGUGCAGGGCCCUGGUGCCAUGCUGUACAGUGUUAGGGCCUCCCAGGCAGGUACAUGGUGGUUUGUCGGGGAGCACGGGGCACCAAGAUCAUUUUCCAAAUAAAGGCACUUUCCAGUCUC